GGUUUCAGUCUUCAGUCAGACCCAGCGAUGGCACGGUUCCUGUCCGCUCUGGGACUCUUCCUCAGGGUCAAUGCGCUCCUCUUCCUCCUUCUCUGCUACCUGGUCUUCAUCGUGCUGGGAGCGGCGGUGUUCUCGGCCGUGGAGAGGCCGGUGGAGGAGGAGCUGAGGGUGGAGGUGGAGGAGGUGUGGAGCUCCUUCCUGCGGGAGAACCCAUGCGUGAAGGAGGAGCGGCUGAGGGAGGUGUUGAGGAGGACUCUGUCUGCUCAUCACCGGGAUGUUCCUGUUCUGAAGGAGGAGGAGGAGGAGGAGAAACACAACAGCUUCUCUUCAUCACUUUACUUUGUCAUAGUCACGCUCACCACCAUGGGUUCUGACUCCUACACCCCCAAAUCAGAAGAGGCUAAGCUCUUCUGCAUCUUCUACUGCACCCUGGGGAUCCCCCUCACCCUGUUCCUCCUCACCCUCCUCUCUAACCUCCUCCUCCCAGUCCUCACCCACGCUCCCCUCUACCACCUGCACACUCUGUGGGGUUUACCUCAUGCCCAGGCCGCCCUCCUCCACGCCCUCCUCCUCUCCAUGCUCGUCCUCUGCCUCCUCUUCUUCCUCCCUGCCCUCCUGGUGUUUCUGAUGGAGCCAAACUGGAGCUUCCUGGACGCGCUCUUCUUCUGCUUCCUCACCCUGAGCACUGUUGGUGAGGGGGGAGACACUUUGGGGAGGAGCUGGAGUCCAGAGGCCAGAGACACGCUGGAGCUCCUCACCACAUGUUACCUGGUACUGGGACUGGUGGUCCUCAUCACCUUUAAGGACACGGUCCUGCAGGUUCCUCAGGUGUGUGUGGUGCUCAGGCUCCUCUCGGGUCCUCAGUAUGCAGAGCUGGAAGGUUUCCAUCUGAAUGAGCUGACCCUAAGUGACUGUGAGGAGGAGCCCCAAUACUCCCAGUCCGUCUGCACCGUCUCCUCCACCCCACUCCACCUGCUGAGUCCGGGUACUGACAACCAGAACACUGACGUAGACGUCCCCAGAACCAGCUGAGUGUCACAACCCAGUGUUCAGACUCAGGGUUAUAUUUGAUCUUGUUAGCCGUGAACUAAAGGUAAAUUACUCUAAACCUGAUGAACCUCAACUCACCUCUAAAACAGGCAGAUGUGAGCGGAGAGACCGGAGGUGGAAACUCUCUAAGACAGGAUAAAUCUCAGAGUUAUUCUGUCAGGUUUUAUGUAAACCAGAUGAGUCUGAGUUGUUUGUUUGUCAUCAUAAAGAUACUGUUAUGUUUUGGAUUUUCAAAUUAAA